UUAUCAAUUUUAUCAAUACACAACUGAUACGUACCGAUGAAAAUUUCGGUAAUUCGUGGCAUAGAAAUAACUAAAUUUAUCAGUAGCAUUUUCAUCUUCCAACAUGUCAAAAUCAGAAGCUAAUUUAAACUCUUCAUUCGUGGACAUUCGAAAUCUGGAUAAUGUAUUCGAAAUCGGAGAUACGUCGCAGAAUUCGUAAGAGAGUUUAAUUAUCUUAUUUUUACUUACGUUGAAUUUUUGUACAAAAUAAUAAAAAAAUACAAACGUUUGAAUGAAAAUCGAAUACAAAUAUUAUAUUAUACUUACUUCAAUUUAGGAUGUCGAGAGAAUCCUGGGAUGCAUUUAAAUAUUAUCCCCUGACAAAACAAAGCGCGUCUAUGCAGGACAAAAAAUGGUUAAAUGUUUCCAUUCGCGUUAUUAAAGCAUUUGUAUAUGUCUUUCUUUUCUGUUCUGUCCUCUGCACUGGUUUAAUCGCUAAAUUCGUAGUACUAUUCGCUGUGUCGCAACUUAAGGAUGAAGCAACCGUACAGUUUUGUAAUUAUGAUUCAGCAGGAAAAAAUGAAAAUUUGCAAGCAAGAAUUUCGAAAAAGGCUAAAAUAGUCUGGACGUGGUACAUCAUCUUUAUGUUCCUUAUACCCGAGUGCUUCACUAUAUUUCGAGCGAUAUGGUAUUUCCUUUUCAAGAAGAAAGUAAAAUUACCAGGAAGACGAAGUAUCGCUGUUUCUUUGGUUUUGGAAAUACUGCAUCCCGUAGGUGUAGCGUUAUUAAUAUUCUACGAGCUGCCGAAGCUCAAUUCUGUAGAUGCAGCAGUAAUUUUUAGUUGCAUUUGUGUUAUUCCUUCAUUAUUGAAUCUGCUUGCACAAAAUAGGAAAAAUACAUCGAACAUGUUUUUAUUGAUACUAAUAAUCAAUUUCUUAGCAUUAAUUGCUCAAGGCACUGGCGUGAUUUUAUUAUGUUUCAUACAUAAUCCUCAAGAUUUUCAGGGAUGGGUUCUUUUUAUAGCGCUUGUAUUGUCUUCUUGCCGUUGGUGGUGUAAUUACGUGCCUUGUUCUAGUUAUUAUGGUUCCUUAAAUUUUCUGGCAAAGAGUAAGACAGAUAAUUGGCACGUGUUUAGAGGAUACACAGUUGAAGUAAUCAAAAUGUCUUCUUCUCGAACGAACGUGAAUGUUUUAAUUGCUUUUAGCGAUAAGUCUGUACCAUUGAACAGUUUUUUAAUGCAAGCAUUUUGUGCUUUUUUCAUAUACAAAGCAGCAAAAUUCGCGUAUCAAACAGGAAUGCACAAAUUCGGCUUCGCCCUUCCAUUGACUUUAAUUACACCAGGAACAGUGAUUAUAAUUCUGAUGUUUUGUAUUGCAAGGGAAAAUGAUCCGUGCGCCUUGCAUGGUUUAAUACCAGAUUACUUAUUUUUAAAUGCACCAAAAUUUAAUAGUAUAACAGAAUUCCUUUUGAAUUGGCGUAUUUGGUGCUGGCUAAGUCUAUGGUUGUCACAAGUUUGGAUCACGCGACAAGUUUGGCUCGGUGAACAUGCUAAGCUUGCUCCAGUAGAGAGGAUUUUCCACAAUCCAAGCUACGACGCUUUUUUCGUCGAUCAGUUUCUGGGAUUAAAUAAAAGAAAACAUGACGAUUCUCAUACUGUUAAGAAAGAGGACGAAGAAGAAGAAGACGAAGAAAAAGAAGAAGAUUCUAUCAGUGAAUUUGAG